GCGCCCCGGAUCACGCGGGCGGGGACCCGCGACCCUCGCGGCCCGUACUCGGCUGGGGAGGCGGCGACAGCGCCGGGAGCCCCCGCAACCCCCACACCCGGGACGGGCCCCCACUUCCUCCCGCGCCCGGCUCCUCCUCCCGCGGCUCCGCCCCGGCCCCAGACGCAGCGCCCCGUCGACCCCGCCCCGCGCCCCACUGCCCCCGGCUCGGGAGGCUCGGCCGGCUGCCGAGGAGCGCAGUGGGCCCCUCGUGCGCCCCGCCAUGGCCCGCUCUCUGCUGCUGCUGCCGCUCUCGCUGCUGCCGCCGCCCGGCGGCGCCUUCAACCUGGACGCCGACAGCCCGGCCGAGUACGCUGCCCCCGAGGGCAGCUACUUCGGCUUCGCCGUGGACUUCUUCGCGCCCAGCGCGUCCUCGAUGUUUCUUCUGGUGGGCGCCCCCAAAGCCAACACCACCCAGCCCGGCAUCUUGGAAGGAGGGCAGGUGCUCAAAUGUGAUUGGUCCUCCAGCCGCCACUGCCAGCCAAUUGAAUUCGACUCAACAGGCCUGAAGGGGGAGAAGUUAGCAGAAUCCAAGGACAGAGGACGAGGUGGAGAGAGCCAUGGGACAGGGCCAUGGCUUGUGUCCAAGGGCAGCAGCCCUCCCCACACGACCGGAAGGGACAGCAGGGAGUGUUCGUCAGCUUUCUGCUGCUGAGACAGAAUACCAGGUUGGUCAGGUUUGAAGGAGGAAAGGUUUAUUUUGACUCAUGUUUUCAGAGGUUCCAGUCUGUGGUUGCUUGGCCCUGUGACUUGGGUCCUGUGACGAGGUGGAACAUCAUGGCGUGGAUGUGGUGGUGCAGCCGGGAGCAAGGAGAGACAGAAGGUCCCAGUGUCCUCUUGGCCAGCAGAAACCCAGGGACCCAACUUCCUUCCACCAGGCUGCACCUCUUCAAGGUUCCACAUUUCCCAGUGGCCCCACAGGCUGGCAUCCAAGGCUUUAGCAUGGGGGUAUUGGGGGGCAUUUAUUAUCCACUGGAGAUGGAUGGGCUAACGACCUUGACCUCUCUCCUUUCAGUUCUCUGGGUCUCCUGUGGGCACAUUCCAGCCUCAGCUUUGCCUGGGCUGUCUCAUCUGUCUAGAACGUUUCUCUCCCAGAGGCCCAUUGGGUUGUCUCUGUCGCCAUCUUGGACACAUGCUCUAAAGUCACCUUCUCAGGAAUGCUCUAGCCAUCUUAUUUCCUUCAUACUUCCUUCUUCUCUGCUGUAUUUUUCCCUAUAGUACUCACACUGCUAUGUAAUUUACUCAUUUAUUUUUAGUGAAGAGAAUAAAUCCUCUCUCUCAGAAUUUAAA